AUGUCUUCUAAAACAGAAUUGCCAGAAUACACCGACGUCACUUUGCCUCGCGAGGAGGUCGAGAAACUCUACAAGAUUAAGAGCAGAUAUGAGACCAACAAGAAGAUUGCCAAACUCGGUUUGGGAGUGUUCUUGUUCUUCGUCGCCUGUCUGGUUUUGCAGUCCGGUCCGGUUGUCCAUGGUGUCAAGUCCUUGACCCAUCCACACCCACCACAUGCGCACGGAUUCCACGGCGACCACCGCCCUCCUCCAAACUUUGAGGAGAUGCACGAGAUGGACGAGGAGCACAAGCCAUUCAAGGACUGCAAGGGAGCCAAGAAGGCUGGUAUGCUGAAGACUCACAAGAUGCACAAGGGCCACAAGAACACCAAGGGUGCUGAGGGUGAUCUGAGAGAGACCGAACACGAGGUUGACGUGGAGGAGCACAAGGCUCACGAGAGACCACACCCUAAGGGAAUGAAGAUGAAGGGCCACAAGGGAGGCAAGUUCUCUAAGAAGAAGCAGAACAAGCAUCUCAAGGAAGAGCCAAAGGAUAAGCUGGAGAAGGAGCCAAAGGAGCCAAAGGACGAGGAGGAGAAGAAUGUCGAGGUGGUCGAGAAGGAGCACAGAGAGAAGCACCACAGACCAGCUGAGGCUCAAGAGGAAGUUCACGAGGAAAACUCCGACUCUGAGUCUGACUCUGGGUCCGACUCUGAGUCCGAGAGCGAAGUCGAAAAUUAG